AUGGAUAAUAUUAUGAAGAACACUAACUAUACUCAUGUGGAACCUACACACCUUUUGUGUCCCCACCUGUCGGACACCCCCCCCCAGGAGGACUACAAUUCCCAUGGGGCUCGGCGCCUGGCCGCUGCCGAGUUGCGCUGGGAAAAACCUCCCACGCUGGUAGUGCGGAGAGUUGCUGAAGUAAAGGAACCCUGCUGCCUUCCCAUGCUAUCUGUUGACAUGGAAAACAAGGAAAAUGGCUCUGUCGGUGUAAAAAAUUCCAUGGAGAAUGGAAGACCACCCGAUCCUGCAGACUGGGCCGUGAUGGAUGUCGUCAAUUAUUUCCGAACAGCAGGAUUUGAGGAGCAAGCUAGUGCUUUUCAGGAACAGGAAAUUGACGGAAAAUCCCUGCUAUUGAUGACAAGGAAUGAUGUGUUGACAGGACUUCAGUUAAAAUUGGGGCCUGCCCUGAAAAUCUACGAGUAUCAUGUAAAACCUCUGCAGACAAAGCAUUUAAAGAACAACUCUUCAUAG